AUGUCUCUAGCUAAACCUCCCUCGUUGCCCCUCCCCAGGGGUGUUUCCAGUCGCUACGUCGUAACCCCCGAGCUUACCUUCCACACUCUGGAGGCCGGAGCCACUCCUGGUCAGAAUCGCCCCUUAAUUGUCUUACUGCACGGGUUUCCUGAGAUCGCGUACUCCUGGCGACGAGUUCUGCCCCAACUAGCAGACGCAGGCUUUUAUGCCGUCGCUCCGGAUCAGCGCGGCUUCGGCCGCACCACAGGAUGGGACGCUAGACCCUAUGACGAUGUCGAUUUGGCCAGCUUCUCAUUGACCAACCUGGUUCGCGAUGUGGUGAUCCUGGUCCAUGCAUUAGGAUAUCGCUCGGUCCAUUGUGUCGUCGGCCACGACUGCGGCGCCAUCACCGCCUCCAUGUGCGCGCUUAUGCGACCAGACUUCUUUCGUAGCGUGGUGCUAAUGAGCCAUCCCUUCAACGGGAGUCCAACGCUGCCUUUCAACACCGCCAAUCAAAGCAUAGAUGAACAGGCAACAGCGGCUGCUGGUGGCGGCGGUGGAGCUGAAGGCUCUGCUGCUGCAUCGGGAAUUCAUCAGGCGCUGGCGCAAGCUGGUCGAAAACACUAUAAGUGGUACUAUUCAACAGCCCCAGCAAAUGGGGAUAUGUGUCUGGCUCCACAUGAUCUACACCGCUUCCUGCGUGGCUAUUUCCAUCUCAAGAGUGGAUCGUGGCCGGGCAACCAGCCACAUCGACUGAAAGGGUGGACGGCUGAAGAGGUUGUGCAGAUGCCGUAUUAUUAUAUCAUGCCGUCGGAUGCUACAAUGCCCCAGGCAGUAGAACAGCAUAUGGUUGAUGAGCCGUCGGGUGGAAAAACUUCCCAUUCGUGGCUCCCGGAUGAUGAGCUUGCGGUAUAUGUAGCGGAGUAUGCUCGCACCGGUUUCCAAGGGGGGUUGAACUGGUACCGUGUUCACACGGCUGCUGGUGGCCGAUAUACGAAGGAUUAUGAUCUCUUUGCGGGGAAGAAAAUCGAGCCGCCAUGUUCUUUCAUUUCAGGAGAGAAAGACUGGGGUACGUACCAGGAGCCUGGUGCUCUGGAAAAAAUGACCAGUGGUGCCGUAUGCUCUGAUUUCCGAUCGCUUAAAGUCCUUGAAGGGGUGGGACAUUGGAUCCCUCAAGAAGCUCCAGAUGAGGUGGUGCAGACCAUCAUUGAGUUGACUAAGGAGCUGACUGUAUAA